AUGCAAGUUCUUUUGGGUGACGAGGGAAGUGUAUUACCGGAUUUCUCAGCAGAGCAGCAUGAGAAGAUAGAGCAGUUUGAGCUGGAUUAUGAUGGAAUUUGCGCAUCUGAGAAUACACAGCCAAGUACCUUAUUAAUCUCAACGUCAAUUGCAGAUGUCGGAGAUGACGAGAGGCCAUCGGAGAUGCCGUUUGAAUAUGAUGUUGAUGAGGCUGACCAGCUCUCAAGGGUCUUCUUGGCGGACGCAGUAUCAAGGAAGAACUUUUCUUUGUUUGGUGAUGUUGUUUCGUUUGAUGCUACAUAUCGUACUAACAGGUAUAAUCUGGUUUUUGUCCCAUUUACUGGCAUUGAUAAUCAUAAGAGAUGCAUCACCUUUGGUGCUGGGCUACUUACGAAGGAAGACAUAGACUCAUACGUGUGGCUUUUGGAGAGUUUUAAGAAAAUUAUGGGUCAUGAUCCUAUUUGCGUUGUUACAGAUCAAGAUCCAGUUGUGAAGGUUGCCGUUGCUCAAGUGUUUGGUGCGUCAAAACACAGAUUUUGUAUGUGGCAUAUAAUGUGUAAGGUGGGAGAGAAGGUUGGACCGGUUUUGUCUAAAGACGAGGUGUUUAGGAGGAAGUUGAAUUGCAUCGUUUGGGAUAAUUCAAUUGAUCCCGAGGCCUUUGAGUUGCGAUGGAAUCAGAUUAUGGAGGAAUAUGGGUUGGGUGAUAAUGGUUGGUUUCAUUACUUGUUUGAGUCCCGAACAUUUUGGGCAUCUCCAUACUUUCAUGAUGAGUUUAUGGUGGGUUUGGUUAGGACCAGAUCUAGAUUGGAGUCUCAAAACAGUUUCUUUGGUAGCUUCUCUAAUGGACAUUCUAGCUUGGUUGAAUUUUUGGUGCAUUAUGAUAGUGCUAUUGGUGCACAGCGGCAUGCCCAAGCAAAACUAAAUGCUGAUUGUGAAGCUUGUUUUCCCGUGUUGAAGACACCAUUGGCGUUGGAGCGGCAUGCCAUGGGUGUUUACACAAUUUCUGUGUUUUAUGAUGUUCAAGAGGAGAUUUGUGCAACUUGUUUUUCUUGUCAAGUGGUAUCUUUGAGUGAUUCUGAUGGCAGCGUGUCUUACAUGAUAAAAGAUGGUGACCAUCGAGCAUGGGCUGUCAAUUUAGUUUUGGAUGAUACUUGUGCAAGGUGUUCUUGCAACAUGUUUGAGAGGAUGGGUUUGUUGUGUAAGCAUAUCUUUUUUGUUUUUAAAGAUCGUGGUCUUGAGAGUAUUCCUUCUAGGUAUUUGAUACGAAGCGUUAUUAAUGAUCAAAGGAAAUUAUUUCUUCAAGAUGGGAGUGAUAAUGGCAGUAGCGUGGCUGUUGGUAACAAGCAAAGUGUGAUUAAUUCAUUUUGUGGGUCUAUGUCCAAGGCAUCUUUAGUGGAAGUGCACAACCCUGUCAAAGCUAAGAACAAGGGUAGUGGUAAACGAUUGAAGAGUGCAAGGGAGAGAGCUGUAAGCAAGUGUGCAAAGCAAUCAAGGAGAUGCCACACUUGUGAUGAAUAUGGCCAUAACAGUAGGACAUGUUCUUUAAAUAAUUGA